AUGGAGGUGGGGAUUGCAGUGGCGACUGCUGUGACGAGGAGCGUGGUGUCGAAGCUCCUAACAGUUAUAGAGAAGAGGUGGAGGGAGUUGAAGGACCUUGAGGAUGACAUCGGGUUCUUGCAUAGAGAGCUUACCAUGAUUUCUGGUUCCAUGGAGGUUCAGAUCUCACACAAGGGGCAGCCUAGUGCUGUGGAGAUCAUAUCUAUGGAGGACUUCCGUGAUCUGGCACAUAACAUCGAGGAUUGCCUAGACCGGUUCCUUCCUUGCGGUUCAUGCGAGGGGGAAUCGAUCCGCGAUGCGAAGAAGUUCUGUGCCGAGAUCGUGAGGCUCAAGCGGCGGCUGGACGAGGCACAUCAGCGGAGAGAAAGACAUAGCAUCCACAGCCAAGCCUCCGCCGAUGCCGUAUCCAAGGCCAACCAUAGUAAUCCGGAGGAGGAUACGGGCACACAUGGAGCUUGUCCCGCGGUGGGCAUGGAGGAACCAAAGCAGGAGCUUUGGGAGUCAUUGUUUGGUGGCCAAGCAAGCAAGCUGAGGGUGAUAUCCAUCGUGGGAUUCGGGGGCUCGGGCAAGACCGCACUCGCAUGGGAAGUGUAUAACUGCCCUCAGGUCACCAAGCAGAUCAGUUGCCGUGCCUGGGCUGUGGCGUCCAACCACAACGACGACGCUACGACGGAGAGGCUCCUGACGGCCAUACUAGAGGGUCUUGACGGAGAAGCAGCACAACCCGUGCCACAGAAACUCCGGCAACUCCAACAAUGUAUUACUCGUCUUCUCGAGACUAAGAGGUGUUUAAUUGUCAUUGAUGACAUCAAGAUGGAGUUCUGGACCAAAAUAAAACACAUCUUCCCAGAGAAGACAGAAAGCAGAAUACUAGUGACCACAGCUGUGACCUCAGUAGCAAAUGCCUGCAGCUUGCCUGAUGGUUAUGUUUACAGCAUGAGAUCUCUUAGUGCGAAACAGUCAAAGGACUAUAUUGAGCAGAAGGUUUUUGUCGAUCAAUCCACACCUGACUUGCAGAGGGGUUCAACUGCAAUCGUGGACAAAUGUGAUGGUCACCCGCUUGCUCUUGUUAGUGUUGCCAAAGCUUUGCAAGAUCACAAUGUGUUGACAGGAGUUCACUGUGAAGAAAUAAGCAAUAACCUAUUUUCCCGUAUGGAUGUGAACAAGAAUGGCCACUUCACAAAACUGCGACAAGUUCUUAUGAAUAAUUACAGCAGUCUACCUGACAAUUCUUUCAGGGCAUGCUUACAAUACACAAGUAUAUUCCCAAAUGAUCGUCCCUUCAGCAUGAACAGUCUUAUCAGGCGAUUGUCAGCCGAAGGGUACAUAGAGGGUAAACAUGAACGCAGUGACCUGGAAGUUGCCUAUGACAACAUGGAAGAACUAAUCGACCGGAAUAUAAUUCAGCGUGUAGAUGCAAGCAACAAUGCGAAAGUGAAGACAUGCAGACAACCUCACAAAAUCAUGAACCAGUUCAUGCUGCACAAGUCCAGGUCUUCGGAUUUCAUUUCUACAUCUUUUGGUGAUAAGAACCGAAGUAAUUGCCGUCACCUAGUUAUCCAGAAUCACAGUAAUGGUAUCAGUACCUGUCGAGCAACAAGUGGUAAGGGCAAGCAGCUGCGUCCUCGGUCUCUAACAGUCUUUGGGAGUGCAGGAAAAGCCAUUUCAGAUUUGAAGAAUUGUGAACUGCUGAGAGUGUUGGAUCUGAAAGAAUGCAAUGAUUUGAAGGACCAACAUCUCGAGGACAUAUACAAGCUGUUGCAUCUAAAAUAUCUGACCCUCGGAAGUUCUGUUAGCCAACCUUUAGAUGGAAUGGAAAAGCUACAUUAUUUAGAGACACUGGGCUUGAGGAAGAGGAAAACAGAGACACUACCUGUGGAAGUCAUCAGUCUGCCCCACCUAGUACAUGUGUUCGGAAAGAUUAAGCUAAAGAAGUUGGAUAGCAAGAAGCUUAACAAGUUCCUGUCAGGAGAAUGUAACUUGGAGACUCUAGCAGGAGUUAUUGUAGACAGCAACUCUGGAUUCCCAGAACUGAUGAUUCAUAUGAAACAACUGACAAAGGUCAAGAUAUGGUGUGAGCCCACUGUCACAGAUAACAAUAAGAUACUGGAUCCACUUUCAGUCGCCAUUCAAAAGUUUAUUAAGGCUAGAAUAGAUACCCCAGUAGGUGCCCGUCGUCGUCUAUCACUUCAUUUGAACCAUUAUUCUAAAAGUUUACUGCAAUGUCUAGACAAAGCAAAUGCAACGUCGACAGUUUCUGGUAAUCUUAGCUCACUGAAGAUGCAAGGCGUCCUGAGACAGUUCCCUCAGUUUGUCAUAUCCCUGAGUGGUCUCCGGGAGCUGUGCCUUACAUCUACUAAUCUGACGGCAGCUGAUCUUCUAAAAAAUCUGCGUAAGCUACGGUACUUGGUUUAUCUCAAGCUGGUUGAAGCCAGCCUUACAGGUUUUUGGAUACAAGAUGGAGAUUUCCUAAGUCUGCAACGCCUGUGCCUUGUGGUGGAAAAACCCACAUUCCCCACCAUCGAGAAAGGAGCUUUGACGAGACUCACUUCCAUGCAGUUGCUCUGUAAAGGUCUAGUAGGUCUUUGUGACAUCAAAAUAGAAUAUCUCAGAGAUAUUCAAGAAAUCGCGCUGGAUUCUAUGGUCAGUUGCGAAACCAUAAAAGUCUGGGAGAAUGAAGCUAAGAAGCACCCCAAGAGGCCGAGGAUUUUGUUGCUCAAGAGGGUCGUUGAUCCAGCCGAAACUAUGCCUUCGGGGAAAUAUGUUUCCUCAUGCCAAGUCAACAACAAUUGCUACAGCAACACAUGUGCUAUCCAUCAAAUGGAAAUUGAACUUGACAGCCUCAGUCUGCAGCAGAAGGGCCAUGGGUCUGAUCAAUUCCAAGCUGGCCAAAAGCGACCUCGGCCGCCUCAUUUUCCUGGAAGCGCGGGUUGA